UUGGCCCCAGGAAGCCCCAGCCUGCCAGCACCUGUUCCAGGAUCCAGUUCCCAGCGCAGUAUGGCAUCCACGCUGCCUGGCCAGACCUUGCCCUUGGCUCUGAUACUGCUGGCUCUCCUGGCUCCCGGGGCUGCAGACUUCAACAUCUCAAGCCUCUCAGGUCUGCUGUCUCCGGCACUAACAGAAAGCCUACUAGUUGCCUUGCCUCCAUGUCACCUCACAGGAGGAAACGCCACACUGAUGGUCCGGAGAGCCAACGACAGCAAAGUGGUUAAAUCAAGCUUUGUGGUGCCUCCAUGCCGUGGGCGCAGAGAGCUUGUGAGCGUGGUGGACAGUGGGGCUGGCUUCACCGUCACUCGACUCAGUGCAUAUCAGGUGACAAACCUGACUCCAGGAACCAAAUACUACAUAUCCUACCGAGUACAGAAGGGGGCAUCCACUGAAUCCAGCCCAGAGACCCCAAUGUCCACACUUCCUAGGAAGAACAUGGAGUCCAUCGGGUUAGGAAUGGCCCGGACGGGAGGCAUGGUGGUCAUCACAGUAUUGCUGUCUGUCGCCAUGUUCCUGUUGGUCGUCGGCCUUAUUGUUGCUUUGGCACUGGGUGCCCGCAAAUGAGGGCUCUCCUGCAUCAUAGGCUCCGCCAAGAAGUCCAGCCUGCCUCCUCCCAUUGUUUUUUU